CUAUUGUUUUUUAUAUGCUGCCUUUGCAAAAUUGCUCUUAUUGUUGAUCAUUUAUUUGAUUUAGAUGUCACUGUGGGCAUCAAAGUGAAUAUUUUUCUUACUGUGGAUAUGAAAACUUUGAACCUUGAAUCUCUCUUUGUUCCUUAACCAUUGUACUUAUUUUCUUUUACUUAGAAUGAACCACUGAUGCCAUGACAACCAACUACUGCUGCACUUUUUUAUGCUGUACUGGGGGAACUCUCUCUCUCUUGAACAAAUAAUCCAGGACCUGCAGGACUCCUCCAAUACCCACACGUCUCCCUGCAGGAGGAGAAACAGGAUCUGCUGUUUGUUUGUUUCUUCCUCAACCAACAGAGAGACACGAUGAGAAACGCACAUAAGUUUAUUCAAUCAAUUGAAAUGACAUCAAUGUCUGAAACAUUAUAUAAUCUGAUGAAAUCCCAACGUUCGUGACAACCUCUCUGUCUGUGGCCAGAUUGGAUCUAGUUUAGAGGAAUGAAAGGAUGACAGAUUAGUCUCUCUCUCUCUCCCUCGCUCUCUCCCCCUCUCUUUCCCACUCUCUCUAUCUCCCUCUCUUCACUCUGUUGCUGGGGGACCAGCGGAGUUGCAUCUUCUGCUGUGCGUCGUUGCACUUUUCUUUUUCCUCAGGUGCGCUCCCCCUCUUUGCGCACCAGGACGCGGAGAGGAAUCCCGGAGUUCGCCGAUCAUGGGGUCAACAUCCACAUCUUCAUCAGUUCCAGCAGUACCACCGACAACACCCUCCUCCUCAACAGCAUCAUCUUCCUCAGCAUCAUCCUCUUCACUAUCAGCGCAUCACUUUACUUUGCGCUCGGCGGCGCAGCAUCUUCAGAGGAGCGCACUGAAAUAAAACUCACUGGCUUCUGUCGCUGGUUUUCAAAUCUGGGAAGUUUAUAUAUUUAUUUAAUGAAAAAAGCUUGUGGAAUGGAGAUCCGAACUUUCCUGCUGUGGAGUCUGGCUCUGCUCUUUGUCGGGGGAGACAUUUUUACCAGGGCCAUGCUGAGUGACAUUGGCGACUAUGUAGGUACAGACAUUCAAAUAUCCUGGUUACCUAAUCUGGAUGAUUUAAUGAAGGGCUAUGCCAGAAAUUUUCGCCCUGGGAUAGGAGGACCUCCAGUCAACGUGGCCAUGGCCAUAGAAGUGGCCAGCAUUGACCACAUCUCCGAAGCCAACAUGGAAUACACCAUGACUGUAUUCCUGCGGCAGAGCUGGCACGAUGACCGACUGGCCUACAAUCACACCAACAAGACACUGGGUUUGGACAGUCGCUUUGUGGACAAGCUGUGGCUUCCCGACACUUUCAUCGUCAACGCCAAAUCCGCCUGGUUCCACGACGUGACCGUGGAGAACAAGCUGAUCCGUCUGCAGCCCAACGGAGUCAUUCUAUACAGCAGCCGAAUUACGUCAACUGUGGCCUGCGACAUGGAUCUGACCAAAUAUCCCAUGGAUGAACAGGAGUGCAUGCUGGACCUGGAGAGUUAUGGUUACUCUUCAGAGGACAUUGUCUAUCACUGGUCAGAGAGUCAGAGACACAUCCACGGUCUGGACAAACUGGAGCUGUCACAGUUCACCAUCACAGACUAUCGCUUUGACACAGAGAUGUUGAACUUCAAAUCUGCUGGACGAUUUCCGAGGCUCAGUCUUCGCUUUCAGCUGAGGCGAAAUCGAGGCGUCUACAUCAUCCAGUCCUACAUGCCUUCUAUCUUACUGGUUGCCAUGUCGUGGGUGUCGUUCUGGAUCAGCCAAUCAGCAGUCCCUGCACGUGUAUCCUUAGGUAUCACCACCGUCCUCACCAUGACCACACUGAUGGUCAGCGCCCGCUCCUCUCUGCCUCGAGCCUCGGCCAUCAAAGCUCUGGAUGUUUACUUCUGGAUCUGUUAUGUGUUUGUGUUUGCCGCGCUCAUCGAGUACGCCUUCGCCCACUACAACGCCGACUACAGACUCAAAGAGAAGGCCAAGGUGAAAGCCAACAAGUUCAACUCUGAGUCUAUUGUGAAGAAUGGAAAACAGGCCAUGGUUCUCUUCUCUCUUUCUGUCACUGGCAUGAACCAGGGUGUGGUCAUUUCCAGCCGCCAGGGCCGGACCCAGCGCCCCAGCAGUGAAAUCCCCGGAGAGGGCGGCACGGAGGAGCCGCAGCCGAGGAGGAGAAGGUCCAGGCAGACGGAGGAGACGGAGGAAGGGAAAAAGUGCUGUUCCAAAUGUGUCUGCAAACCCAUCGAUGCCGACACCAUCGACAUCUACGCCAGGGCCGUCUUCCCUUUCACCUUCGCAGUUGUGAACGUGAUCUACUGGGUGGCAUACACCAUGUGAGCGGCCGCUGUCCACGGGACUGUAUAUAAAAAGAAACUGCCGGAGCUGUUCGACACUGGCUGACUGGUGCAGCUGAGAUACAUAUACUGCAGGCAGCAGUGGAAAAGGAAAACUCCAGAGGAAAUGAAGUGUUGCACUUUGUGAAUGUGGAAAUAUGAUAAUUAACGGAAGUAGUGCGAGUAGUAUGAGUUCAACGGGACUUUAAAUCUUUUAAUACUAUCACUAUGAGCCUCACAACUCAGCCUAGAGUCCAGAUUUCCAUAUCAUUUAGAUACAUGACCAGAGUCGCCGUAGGAGACGCCACCACAGCUGAUGAUUCUGUUCUUAUCAGCUGCACCUCUGACCACAUGCUCACAUCCGUAAAAACACAAACAUAGCUAUCUUUACUAAGUCCUAUAAGCCACAUCCUGGAGUCAACCGCCUGUUAUCUUCAAAAGUCAAGGCACCACCCACAGAAGACACUGGGGUGCUUCCACUAUUCUGCAUGGCUGAUAACUCACUUAUCCUCUCUCCUUUAGCGCCUUUAUCCACUGGGCCUCCACCCAUAUUUUUCAAGUCAUCUUUUGUUUUGGACACUGUGUAGAGUGUCUUAUCUCCUCCUGCCAGUUCUGCCUGUUUCCUCACCAUUAAAGGACUU